AAACCCACCCCCAAAACUUUUCAUGGCCCAUGACCCAUCCAGCCGUACCUAACUAACCGUAUACAUCCGCGUGACAAACACGCUCCCCAAUCUGCAACUCCUCUAUUAUUAUACGAACCCCCUAAAUUUGUGUAGAGCGGUUGGAUUGUGGUUGCAGAAGCCAGUUAUGAAACCCUCAAUCGUCGUAAUCUCCGAUGAAGACGACGAUAACGAACCAAACUCAGAUGAAGAAUCAGAAGAAGAAGAACUAGAAUCGGAAAACGACAGCGUUUAUAGCGAUUCCGAUGAUCCGGAGUAUGAUGAUGAAAGUGAUGUUGAGAAUUCGGAUGAGGAAGAAUGCUUUGAUGAUUGCACCGACAACGGAGUUCGUCUUCGUCAAGGAAGUCACGAUUUACCGGAGCUAAGUCUUAACGAGUGUAAAGAAUACCUGCGGAAGCAUCAGUUGCGGUUAUCUGGUACCAAGGAGGAAUGCAUACAACGAAUCAAAGAGCAUGGAAGGUUAAAAGAUGGAAGGGGUGAAUUACUUUAUCCGAGAUCAUCGUUUUCCAUCAACUGCACAGGUGAUGCAUGCAAAGGAGAUGUUGUGUUGUUCAGACAAAAAGCAUGCAAGAAGCGAGGAAAUAAAGUGGGGAAAAGAACCGUUGCUGGGAGGAUAGUUAAAGAAAGUUACGGUACAUCAAAACAACAGCAUACGUUCACUGUGAGGGUUGAAGUCUUGUGGAGUAAACCGUUUAAAAGCCUUCCCCCGCUUUCCACUUUGCUAGUGAAAGGUCGCAAUCUCUACAGGUUUGGGACAUACAGACAGGCUUGGAAGAAUGAAGCCGAAAGAUUAAAAGUUCUUGGAGAGAAACACACUCGAGGGGAUGCAGCUAGAUAUACGCGAAAACGAAGGCAGACAGAAUUUGCUUCCAAUAAUGAUAAAGGUGGAAAGCGUCAAAAGUUAUCAAAUGGAGCACCAUCUCAAACUAAACACCAGACUCGAACCGAUAAACACAAGUCUGCCAAGAGGCGCGGUGCAGCCCCUGUAACGAAAAGUAUAGCAGCUCACAAUAAGGCUCAAAAGACGAAAUUUAAAACUUCAAAACAACCAACAUUUCACGGGGCGUCAUCAUCAUCAUCUGUCCCCUAUGACAGAACACCGCUACCUAAUUUGGCAUCAUCAUCAUUCGUCCCCUAUGACAGAACAUCGUUGCCUAAUUUGCCGCAUGUUGGGUUUUCAAGCUACGGUCUUUAUGACGGUGAACAACCUAGACUUAGUAAUGUUCUCGCUCGACCACCUGGUUACCACCAUUACAACUAUGGACAACCGGGUCCUAGGCAUAGGUUUGGUUGACUGUUAUAAGGGGAUCAUAUCUGCACUGGUAACGGUUUUUGGUAUGUGAAAGUUCAGAUACAAGUGUAAGUGUACAACUGCCUUUUGAAAGACAUUCUAAUGUAGUGUUAUCAUAAGAUAUUUUUUUUCUUCAGAUACAACAAGUACAACAUCUUGUUUAUAAGAUAUUCUUACAAAAAGUUGCUGUC